CUGUGGACUGAUACAAAAAAACUAGUGCAAUCCUGCCUGGUAUGGACUUGUUGUCCGGGACGUAUAUAUUUGCGGUCCUGUUAGCAUGCGUCGUGUUUCAGUCUGGCGCCCAGGAGAAGAACUACACCGUCCGGGAAGAAAUGCCAGAAAACGUCCUGAUAGGCGACUUGCUGAAAGACCUCAACUUGUCGCUAAUUCCAGACAAGUCCUUAACAACGCCUAUGCAGUUCAAGUUAGUGUACAAGACCGGAGAUGUGCCACUGAUUCGAAUUGAAGAGGGUACUGGUGAGAUCUUCACUACUGGAGCUCGCAUUGAUCGUGAGAAAUUAUGUGCUGGUGUCUUAGUGGACACCCGUUGCUUUUAUGAGGUGGAGGUUGCCGUUCUGCCAGAUGAAAUAUUUAGACUGGUUAAAAUACGUUUUCUGAUAGAAGACAUAAAUGAUAAUGCACCAUUAUUCCCUGCAACGGUUAUCAACAUAUCAAUUCCAGAGAACUCAGCUAUAAACUCUCGAUAUGCUCUCCCAGCAGCCAUUGAUCCUGACAUAGGAAUAAACGGAGUUCAAAACUACCAACUAAUUAAGGGUCAAAGUAUUUUUGGGCUUGAUGUUAUUGAAACACCAGAAGGAGAGAAGAUGCCACAAUUGAUAGUUCAAAAGGAGUUAGAUAGGGAAGAGAAAGAUACAUAUGUAAUGAAAGUAAAGGUUGAAGAUGGUGGCUUUCCUCAAAGAUCCAGUACUGCCAUUUUGCAAGUCAGUGUUGCUGAUACAAACGAUAACCGCCCAGUCUUCAAGGAGAAUGAGAUUGAAGUCAGUAUACCAGAAAAUGCUCCUGUAGGUACUUCAGUGACACAACUUCAUGCCACAGAUGCCGACAUAGGUGAAAAUGCCAGGAUUCACUUCUAUUUCAGCAAUCUAGUCUCCAACAUGGCCAAGAGGCUAUUUCACCUCAACUCCACCAGUGGACUUAUCACAAUCAAAGAACCACUGGAUAGGGAGGAAUCACCAAACCACAGGUUACUGGUUUUGGCAAGUGAUGGUGGAUUGAUACCAGCAAGAUCAAUGGUACUAGUAAAUGUUACAGAUGUCAAUGAUAAUGUCCCAUCAAUUGACAUAAGAUAUAUCAUCAAUCCAAUCAAUGGCACCGUGGUUCUUUCAGAAAAUUCUCCACUCAACACAAAAAUUGCGCUCAUAACUGUGACAGAUAAGGAUGCUGACCUUAAUGGUAGGGUGACGUGCUUUACAGAUCAUGAAGUCCCUUUCAGGUUGAGGCCAGUAUUCAGUAAUCAGUUCCUCCUAGAGACUGCUGCAUAUCUUGACUACGAGUCCACAAGAGAAUAUGCUAUUAAAUUACUGGCUGCAGAUGCUGGCAAACCUCCUUUGAAUCAAUCAUCCAUGCUCCUCAUCAAAGUAAAAGAUGAAAAUGACAAUGCUCCAGUUUUCACUCAGCCUUUCAUAAGUCUUUCUGUUCCUGAGAAUAACUCUCCUGGCACCCAGUUGACAAAAAUAAGUGCAACGGAUGCAGACACAGGGCAUAAUGCUGAGAUAAACUACCUGCUUGGCAUUGAUGCUCCAUCUGAAUUCAACCUGGAUCGUCGUACAGGCAUUCUGACUGCAGCAAAGAAACUGGAUAGAGAAAAACAGGAAAAAUAUUCAUUCACAGUUCUGGCAAAAGAUAACGGGAUGCCACCUUUAAUAACCAAUGCCACAGUCUUAGUGACUGUUCUUGAUCAGAAUGACAACAGUCCAAUUUUCACUCACAAUGAGUACAACUUCUAUGUCCCAGAAAACCUUCCAAGACAUGGCACAGUAGGACUAAUCACUGUAACUGAUCCUGAUUAUGGAGAAAAUUCUGCAGUCACUCUCUCCAUUUUAGACGCAAGUGAUGACUUCACCAUUGAUCCACAGACUGGUGUCAUCCGACCGAAUAUUUCCUUUGAUAGAGAAAAACAAGAAUCUUAUACUUUCUAUGUAAAGGCUGAGGAUGGUGGUAGGGUAUCACGAUCUUCAACUGCCAAAGUCACCAUAAAUGUGGUUGAUGUCAAUGACAACAAACCAGUUUUUGUUGUCCCUUCUUCGAACUACUCCUUUGAAUUGGUUCUGCCAUCCACUAAUCCAGGCACAGUGGUCUUCACGGUAGUUGCUGUUGACAAUGACACUGGCAUGAAUGCAGAGCUUCAUUACAGCAUUGUAGGAGGAAACACAAAAGGUCUGUUUAUGAUUGACCAAACAACAGGCAACAUUACACUGAAGGAGAAAUGUGUCCUUGCAGACCUUGGUUUACACAAACUGGUAGUCAAAGUCAAGGACUUAGGACAACCUGAUUCUCUCUUCAGUGUUGUAAAUGUUAAUCUAUUUGUGAAUGAGUCAGUGACCAAUGCUACACUGAUUUAUGAAUUGGUGCGAAAAAACAUUGAAACACCAGUGACCCAAAGUAUUGAGACAGCUGAUACAUCCUCACCAUCCAGUGACUAUGUCAAGAUCGUGGUUGCCAUUGUUGCAGGCACCAUAACUGUCAUCCUUGUUAUUUUCAUCACUGCUGUAGUAAGAUGCCGCCAAUCACCACACCUUAAGGCUGUUCAGAAAAACAAGCAGAAUUCCGAAUGGGUUACUCCAAACCCAGAAAACAGGCAGAUGAUAAUGAUGAAGAAAAAGAAGAAGAAGAAGAAGCAUACCCCUAAGAACUUGCUGCUUAACUUUGUUACUAUUGAAGAAACUAAGGCAGAUGAUGCUGACAAUGAUGGAAACAGCGUCACACUAGACCUUCCCAUUGAACUGGAAGAGCAAACCAUGGGCAAGUACAACUGGGGCACUACACCUACUACUUUCAAGCCUGAAAGUCCUGAUUUGGCCCGGCACUACAAAUCUGCCUCUCCACAGCCUGCCUUCCAGAUCCAGCCGGAAACUCCCCUGAAUUCAAAGCACCACAUCAUCCAGGAACUGCCUCUUGAUAACACCUUCGUGGGCUGUGAUUCCAUCUCCAAGUGUUCCUCCAGCAGUUCUGAUCCCUACAGCAUUUCUGAGUGCAGCUAUCCAGUGACAACUUUCAAGACCCCUGUGUCUGUACACACCAGACUGCCAAUGAAGGAGGUUAUACGAUCUCGCACACCCAUGAAAGAGACAACUACUGUGGAGAUCUGGACUCAUCCCCAACCACAGCAGAAAUCCGAGGGAAAAAAGGCAGGAAAGUCCCAGCGGCGUGUCACAUUUCACCUACCAGAAGGCUCUCAGGAAAGCAGCAGUGAUGGUGGACUAGGAGACCAUGAUACAGGCAACCUUUCCAGCACAUCCCAUGCCCUGCCCCUUGGCUAUCCUCAGGAGGAGUACUUUGAUCAUGCUGCACCCAACAACCGCACUGAAGGGGAUGGCAACUCUGAUCCUGAAUCCACUGCAGAAAUAACUGUUCAACCAACCUUGGAAGAGGCCUCUGACAACUGCACUCAAGAAUGUCUCAUCUUGGGCCACUCUGAUGCCUGCUGGAUGCCAGCUUCUCUGACCCAUUCCAGCCCUUUACAGGCACAGACCUCUGCUCUGUGCCACAGCCCACCCCUGACGCAGACCACUCUUCGCCGGCGCAACCCUCCAGUGACACAGACCGUUGUGCUCUGCCACAGUCCGCCGGUGACCCAGGCUAUUGCACUGUGCCACAGCCCUCCACCAGCACAGACCUCCACUCUGCACCACAGCCCACCUCUAGCACAGGCUACUGCUCUUCGCCACAGCCCUUCACCAGCACAGGCCUCUGCCCUCCGCUACAGCCCUCCCCUAGCACAGGCUGCCACAAUCCACUGCAGCCCUCCUCUGCCACAGGCUGCUGCCCUCCAUUGUAGCCCCGCACAACCACCAAUGGGUCUGCAGCAAGGUUGGGGGCAAAGUGCUGGCCCUGAUGGACUACUUUCUCUUGAUCAGGGAGCACAAGGUAGUACAAGAUCUCAGUUUUACGCCAUGUCUGAAAGACUUCAUCCUAGUGAUGAUUCAAUUAAAGUCAUUCCCUUGAAAACCUUCACUCCAGGGCAGCAGGCCAGACCCUCUAGGGGUGAUUCUCCCACUAUGGAAGAACAUCCUUUAUAAAACUAAAACAGCUACUUCACAUUUUCCAACAGGAUGUAUAUAAUCAAAGUUUAAGAUCCAAUUUCAAUGAAUACUUCAAAUUGUUAGAUUUGUAAAUAGCUAUGUAAAUAGAAACCAAUACCAGAAUCAAGUCUAGAGCUAGACCCUUAGUCAAAAGUUAAAAAUAAAUUUACAAUUUGAUUAAUUCAGGAUGUGUAUUUAAAAAUAAAAGAAAUUGAAAAAAAAGUUGCACCCUUUUGUACAGAAAGGCUUAUCAUGGCAUAUAUUAAUAUAUAGUAUAUAUUAUUUCUGGUGCACUGUAUUUUUUCAUUUAUUUUUACCAACAUGUACAAUAUUACUGAUUUUUUUCCAUUCUGUUUUUUGUGGACCCAGUACAUAGCUAAUGGAAAACUAACAAAUAUCUGAUUUUCCAAGAGUACGUUUAUUCUAUCUAAACUUUUGUUUAGACUGUUAGAAGGUUUAAGUACGGUGGCAUUUUUGUUUGUCUUUUUGUUUGAUAUUUGUUGUUGUCUCCACUUUUUUGUUAUUAGUUUUUCUGCAAAAAUGACCAAUAGGGGGUGGAGAUAUCUCUUAUAUUUUUUGUUUCUGUCUGUUUUUUAUGUUUUCUACCUUUAUUUUAAGAAUAUAUUGUUGAUAUAAUUUGUAUAUACAUUUUCAGUAAAGAACUUAUAAAAACUGUACAGAUUUACGUCUAUAACCUAUUUCUCUACUCUUUAGUAGAGUUCGAGACACUGAAGUGCAAUAACUGUGCCCAAAUUAGGCAAUUGUUUGCUAAAAAGGGCCUCUUUCUUUUUGUGUUAAAUUUAUCUUUGUAGUUUAGUGUAAAGUGCAUCAGAAAUCAUGUUGUAUCUGUCAUUUUAAGCCUAUAUUCCAUUAUUAAUUGGGUCUUUAUCUUCUGAAAUUUGUAUAUAACAGCUUAGAAAAUCAUAAAGAAGGUGGAUGUAUUCAACUCCUAAUUAAAAUAAACAUAACUGUAGAUAAAACCACAUACUAAACCUAUAAGACUAAGGGAUUUUUGUCAACCUACUGAAGAAAACCACUGAUAACAAGAUGAAAGUCAGGAAGGAACUUUUCAAGAGACAUAAUUAUAAAUCUACAUCAAAUGUGUUACAGUAUAGAAUUUUAAGGAGAUGUGCAGAGGGAGAAAUGGGGUUCAUGACUGCCUCUUGGGGUUGAAAAGAAAUACCCCAAUAACACACACACACACAAAAAUAAACCAACAAAAUCUCAUAUAUGAAACAAUAUAUGUCAUUCUAAGCAAAGAAUACAUGAGUAUUCCUAGGGAACAUUAGUUUCCUUCUGUUGUCUGUUCUUUAUUUUAUUUUUUGUCCUCUUAACUGUCCGUGGUCUUCUAUGUGCACAUUUGAUCAAUUUACCGAAACACCAUCAACUUAAUUUUCAUCCAUAGCAAAACUGAAAAUAUUUAUUUCAGUAUUACGCUAAACCAAGAGACAAUUGAUGUUUUAGUUGUGGUGUGUGGGGGGGGAGUGAAUAUUUCUUCUUGCUUAAAUUAGAUGUAGACUUUGUAAUGUGUAACUUGAAGAUAUGUAAUUUAUGAUUAAACUGUGUGUAAAUGUUGUAUUAUAAACUGUGGUAAAUGUAUAGUUUCAUUGGUGAAAGUUUCCAUUGAAUGUUGAGAAAGCUUCUCUUCAUGUGCCCAGCAGGUUACGUAGCAUUUUGAGAAUAUAUUGUUCCCAUUAUGAAGCUCUUUAAAUCAUAUCUGAUUUGGUGUGUAGAACUUCUUAACUUUUAACUACUAGAGUUUAAUUACUGAAAUUUCAAAUUAGUUAGUAUUACUGAUUUUUUUCCCUCAUUUGUGUUUGUUAUAUUCAAAGGGAUUUGGAGCAUCCUGGUAUUCCAGAUGCAGGUGAGUCCUGAAGGACUGAUGAUGUUUGAAAGUGAAGAUAUUGAAAUAUGACGAUGUAUAUGUGUUGGUAUUCUUGUUGCUAUGGUUAAUGAAGAUUUUAUACCUGGGGAAGAUAAAGAAACCUAGAAUGACAAAAUCGGUGCUUCCAGUAGAUUUUAGAAUGCUUUUUCCUCUAAAGCUUGCAAAGAUAAUGUGCUAUUUUUUUUCUUUUUUUAGUUAUUUCUACAUUUUCUUCUCCACAUUAUUAGUUAAGAUCUACACACACAAAAAGAAAUAAAUGAAAAAGAGAUAAAAAGGAGAAACUGAAAGACAAAUAAUGUCAGUAGUAUGAAUAGUUACUAUCUAUGUUAAUGAAAAUCAGAAUAGAAAUCAAUGUUAGAUAUUUGGGAUUUUUUUUCUGAUAGUGUGAUUUAUUGAGUUAUAUGGGUGGCUCUUAAAUCCUCAUGUAAAAUUUGUGAAGUUUUGAUACCUUUCCUAGAGAUAUAGGAAUGAACAAAUAUGCUUUUAUUGUCCUUUCUAACUCUGAUUAUACAGUCAGACUUAGAUUGUGUUUAGAAUAUUAAAUGACUGGGCACCCUCUUCUGUGUUUGUACCAGAGAGGCUUUGAAUGGAAGCAGGCUCAAAGUAGCCAAAGAGGCAAGGGGUGUGAGCCCAGUUAUGCUCCUCUAUGCAUUCUCUUCCUAAGCUUCCACUGGGUCUGGACUUGGCAACCUGUAACGUCCAAGGUUUCAGAUCUGAUGAGAUCUUUCUCAUCACAUUGCAAAUUCUUUCUUUGAGUGGAUGGACAGAGCUGUAGGUUGACAAAACUCACAGAUGGCUUUUUUAAUGUGCAAAAAUUUAGUCCUGGAACUCCAAUAAGUCUUAUUUUACCAUCAACCAAAAAUAUUUCCCUUGAAAAAAGUAAGAUUUGAUUUAGUUGGAAAUAAGAACUUAUAACUGAAUGACAAGGAUGGUAAUAAUAUGUUUAGUCAGACUGGUUGUUCUAUUUUGUGGCCAUGUUCAGUUACAUGUGAUCAUUAAUUUACUAGUUAUAAUGUUAAUAUACCACAUUUGUAAAUAUGUAUUCAAACACUGUGUAUCUUAUAUGCUAAGUGCAUACAUAUUUUUUCCUUGAACUUUAUCUUCAAGUUUUAGCUAAUACUGUGUCAGUGUACUAAAAACAAACUUACAUAUGGUACAAACAAUGUAAUACAUUUAGAAGGUACAUUUUGUGUAGUCUCAUCUAAUUAUUUAACAUUUUAUUUUUGGUAAUGUAAAUUUGGUUAGAAAAAAAAAGGUUGCUAAAUGAUUAGUGCUAUUGUGUACUGGUGACAGUUAUGAAGAGCCUCUGCCUUCUCAAACCAAUAUUUGUCACACACUUUCAUUAAAGUCAUGGGAAAAUUAAGUUUUACUCACAUGUAUAUUUCAACAUUAGUUUUUUGUUGUUUAUAUUAAGUCUGAAUGUGCGUAUAUCUCCUAAUCCACAUUUGUGAACACCUAUUUGUUUAAUCUUUUCUCUUUUUAUAUUCUUCUGAUGUAUAUUUUCCACUAUAGUUAUCAUUUCCUGUCUUUCCUCUUUCAUAUUUUUUCCAAACCAAAUUUAUGGUUAUAUAUAGAUGAACUUUUUCUCACAAUCAUUAGACUAUUUUGCCUAUUUCCAACUGGCACAAUUGCCCUGGAAAACAUGGGAGAAAGAGAAGCUGAACUAUAUUUGGACAGGAAACUUUUUACAUUAACAUGCCAAUUAUCACACCAGAGCAAUUUUAUGCAGAGGCCUUAAAAUAUUCAUUCAUAGUAGCUUUCUUACACUAACCAUCCAUAUGCUUUCAGUAAAUAUGAUUUUUAAAAGCAGUACAAGUUGACAUCAGUAAAAGUAGUAAAAUGAAAAGGCCACUCAGAAAAAUGUGUGUGCACAAAUGAAAACAAAAAUAAUGAAGGCAAUUGUUUAGUGAUUGUCUGUGAUACUUUUACAAAUAAAAUGUGUGAAAUUUAUGCUAUCCCUGCUUAAAAUACUUGAAAUUUUAUGAAAUAUGUAUUUAUGUUUGUAUUUCGAGAAGAUUCCUCCUCUGUGACAUCAUACAGCAUCUGAAAGUGAACAGUAUCCCAAAGCAGCUCUAGCCAUACUUUGGAAGUGAGACGGUUGGAUAUUGUAUGGCCCAGGAUGGCAGUAUGUAGUCCAGUGGCAAAUGUGUAUUAAUUGUUCAAUAUCAGAUUCUGUAUUGCAUGCUUUCUUAUUCAUUAAUAUAGGUAUUAAUAAAGCUCUGAGAAA